AAUCACCUGAUUGGCGGGGAGGGAGUAGGCACCUGGCCGGAAGCGGAGUGCGCGGCGUUGCGGUGUGAGGGGAGCGCGAUGGAGCGCUACGACAAGGCGGCCCUCAACGCGCUGGCGCCCCCCGAGCCCCGGCAAAAUGAGGGUUCAAUAACGUCAACUUUAAGAACACUCCUGUUCUUCACUGCUUUAAUGAUCACACUACCUAUUGGGCUAUAUUUUUCUUCAAAGGCUUAUGUAUUUGAAGGUACCUUUGGAAUGUCCAACAGAGACAGCUAUUUUUAUGCUGCCAUAGUUGCUGUUGUUGCUGUUCAUGUGGUACUUGCUCUGUUUGUCUAUGUAGCGUGGAAUGAAGGUUCUCGGCAGUGGCGGGAAGGCAAGCAAGAUUAAAGUGAAUAUCACCAUCUGAUGCCUACGGACUGUAAACAGAGUAGUUGUGGAUUGAGUAAAAACUUUCUUCAUAAUGUACGGUGUACACAUACAACAAAGUGGAGGUUAAUGCCUCAACACUGGAAGUCUGUAUGAAUAGAAAAAGAUUUAUGCUCAUCUCAUCUGAAUACCAAUAUUUGGCUAAAGACUAAAACAAAAGUUAUUCAACCUCAACUUGGCAAGGUUGAGAAGAUCUUCACCUGAAAUUGAAACAAAUAGGCUGGGCUGAAUGUGUGCACAGUUUGGGGUUUUUUGUUUUUUGGAUUUUUUUUUUUUGUGCACAUCUUGGAGCAGGCAAGGACAGCUAAGCAAAAUGUUGGUUGAAGUCAAUUAUUAAGUUUAAAAUUAUGUAUUGAUUCCUACUGUUAACUUACUAGUUUCAAAAGAAACUGAGUAAUAUGCCAGUAGGACUAAAACACUAGCUUUGUUCAUGUUUUAUGGGCCUUUGCUCCAUUUUGGGAGCACAGAAUCAAACUGAGCAUUGUUUUGUACUAGUCAGCCAUGGUAAUACAAGUAUAUAGUUUACAUUUUUGUUUGGAGCAAUGGAACAGAUAAUGCACUUUCCAUAAUCCCAGAAGGUAGUUCUUGAGGCUAAAAAACUUGCAUGUUGGAGAGCAGUUAGUUAAAUAUGCUUGUAGCAAUUGUAAGAUAUCACAGCCACAAAUUAAAGGAUGCACCCUUACAAUGUCAUUAGCAAAAUAUGGCUUCUCAGUUUUACCAAAAAUCAUUUUUGCAUCGCAUUUAUCUAGAAAACAUUAUUUUUUGAUUUAUAAUUAAUCUAAUCUCCAGGGCAUAUUUUUCUAAGUUAUACAGAACCAUUUUAGGUGAUAACUUGCUGAUAUAGUAAGGAGUGACUGAUACAUUUCAGAGUGAUCUGUACUACAGCUCAAAUCAUAAGUAUAAUGUGAAUCCCAGCAAUGAGCUUUACCUCCAAUUAAAUGCAGCAAAUUCUCUGGAAACUCAUAUUUGGGGACAAAGAUCAGGGCAAAACAACUAGUUGAUCAGAAAACUUGAUUUUGGUUCUGCACUUCAUAUUAAAUUUUUUUUUUCUUUUAAAUAUAACUUUGGCUUGUUGCAUUUUAAAUUCUUAUGAUUUGUUCCUGCAUCCUUUGGCUAUUUCUAAUGAAUCUGGAAGAUUGCAAUAUUGUGAACUUGCUUAUCUGCCUACCUUUCCUGUUGUGAACCUUCCUUACAAAAGGAGAGAUAUUUAGUAUUUAUUUUUCAGUGAAAAUACUAAAUAGCAGUUGCUCUGGACUAGCUCUGUUUCAACUGAUAACGGGCUGAUUUUUUUUUUUUUAUAUUUUCUGGGGUGUAGUCAUGAACAAAGAGAGUGGGUUUUAGAGAUGUACAGGAGAAACAAGCAUGUUUUAAAGGAAAAAGCAAACCAUAGUGAUGCUGUGAAAUAAUAUGGUAAUGAUACUGUGACCACUGUUAAAAGAUUGGCACCAUCAUAUUUUAUCAUUGCUAAUUCCCAAUAAUAAAAAACAGGCCUGUAUGUUUUGUUGAAUCAUGAACUAUAUAGUCAAAUCAGGAUGAAACUUUGCUAGCAUGCUGCCCUGAAUUGUAUUUUGGUUUUGUGCUAACCUUAACAGGCUUUUUGCAUGUUUGGGGAACAGGGUACCACCAUGCACAGAACUUUCCCAAUUUGUUGUUUUUUUUGUUAGGGGUUAGGUUUCUUGGGUUUGUUUCAUUUUGUUUUGUUUUUAAAGCAAUUGCUUCGGGUUUUUCCAUUUCAUUUUUACCACUUACGCCAUUUCUAUGAGAUUUUUGCUUAAUACAAGAUACAGAGUAUUAGCUUUUGCACUUGCAGGCAAAAUAUGCCUAUGACUAUUAUAAAACGAGGCACAGGUACAUACCUGCCUUGCAGCUAUAGAAUGGAGUAUUAAGCUGUAGAACCAUCUCACAUGUGGGAUGAAGCAUUAACGUGAAACCUGCUAUUGCAUAGUGACUUCAAAUUAGGACAAAUCAACCUUUAAAUCUUGUUCCUACAGCAUUAGGUUUUCCAGUCUAAAAGGCCAGUGUUAGGUUGCUGCUGGCACACUAGGAAAUGAUCCUGUAGUUUAUUUCUCAUGCAGUUUUAUUUUAUAAGGUGACACAGUGAGAAAUUCCUAUCUUCUCACCUAUGUUCUACAUGUUAUAUAAUAAAUAAUGCCUUGUAAGAAAGAGAGACCUUGUAGAACAAAUCCCAUUAUCAAGAACUAGUAAACAAAUAUUAGAGCUGAAAAGUUUCUGGACUUGUUUUGUUGCUGCUCACAUACUAACACAAUCAUAAAGAAUAGAUUAGCUAAAGCAAUGUACAGAGUAAAUUUUGCUCAAUUUAUAAUAUGUUUGAAAAUGAAAGGUCUGUCCUGCUUCACUAAUUGUGUACUAUAUUAUAUCUAUGUUUGUGUUCUAUGGCAGGAAUGUCCCGAUGCUAAAACUGUAUUUCCUUGGGAUUGUGGAAAUAAUUACUUAACUUGCUGGGUUGAUCACAAAAACUGAGAUGUCCUGGCUCUCUCAAACGUUUCCAGCACAUCUCAGCCAUUUAAGAGUGGAAAAGAUACUGUUAACCCAUUCGCUACAUCUUGUUUCUGCAACUGGCAUAUCUUGGUUUCAAAAACAUUCCCUUGAGAGAAAGCAAGAUGAUUAUGUGGAAAAGGGUAAGAGCAAUAAGCUAGGUUAUAUAUUGUCAGAGCAAGGAAGCUGGUGAGCCAUCAGGUGAGUGACACAGUGGCUGCAUGUACACAAAGCACUGCCUGCGCAGUCAUUGAGUACUUGUAUAACCAAGUACUCAAUGACUGCAGUAACUGCGAGCUGCACAGUCGGCAUCUCAUGUAGACACGGCCAGUGAAAAGUACGCUAUUGAAACCAAUAAGAAGUCAGCACCACAGAAUUGGAAGUUAAAAAGGGCUUAAAGAGCAUCCAUAGCACAGUUCAGAUACGGCUUAAAAUCUGCCUUAAACUCAAUGUAAGCAUUAGCUUGUCUAAAAACUGGCUUGGUCUGACUAAUGUAGACAAGCCCAAAAUCUGUUUGUUUAAAACAAAACAAGCACUAUAAGUGCUACUUCAAGUAGGAUUCUAACUCAUUUGGAUAUCCAGAGAUUUAGAAACAUGGCUGUAAUGCCUGCAUACCUCAGUAAUGGACCUCUUCCCCCCCAGUGGCUGUGCUAAGCCUCACCAUAAAGGCAGAACUAAGGGACUACCCAAAAAGCUUGCAAACGAGGAACUUCUUCCUUGUUUGCAAGCUCUUUGGGCGUGGUCUGAUGUAAGUGUUCAUGCUAAGUGUUAGUUUGGCAUAAACUGAGACGUCCUAAUAAAGAUUAUGUAUAAUAGGGAGCUCUCUAUCAGGAUAAGCUUUGUUUGUAGAGGGAUGCUGGUCUGCGGGACAACCAGUGAAAUUGGUUUUGUGAACUGCUCUGCUAAUGUCAACAUAAUGGGUUGCUAAGCCUUCUUGAUAGUAGAAAUUACAUGCCAUGAUAAUGUCUACUUGAAGCCUUCUUGUGCUUCAGCAGCACUUAAAUAUAUUUUUAAAAUCUGUAUGUUCCAACCUUUGUAGCCUGAACAUUUAAUGUGUAAUCCAUUGUCUGUGCAGGGUAACAUAGAAGCAAAUCUGUAUGCUGUAAUGUUGUAACAUUGUAUUUCUAAAAUCAUAAAUGUUUUUGUCUUGUAUAUUAGUUUUGUGUAAAAAUAGUGCAAACCUUUUAACAAGGCAAUGUUGGUGCACAAAGCUUGGUUUGCAUUAAUUUUUUUUUUUUUUUUUUUAAACUAUGAAUGAUUUUUAGUACUUCAAGUACAGGAGCUUAUGUGGUGGUUUAACAGGGCGAAUAGAGUGACAGUUCAGUCACUGUACACUGUUCAGUGUUAAGAAAUAGUCUUAUUUUCCAAGCAGAUCUCAUGAUCUGUAUCUUUCAUACGUGGGUGGGAGGAGGGGGGUAGUUAGUCAUUUCAGUCAGAAGGCAGGGUAUGUAUGCACCUUUAUAGACUGACUUAUAGUCACCGACUUAUGUUUUUUCUGCACAUCCUUUCACAGUGAAGUGAACUUGGGUUUGUGAAAGUUCGUGCUAUGUAUAUUAUAUAUAUAUUUAGUUAUCACAUUUAGUUAAGUUAGUUCAGGAGUGGAAUAAAUGUCAGAUGCAGCCACACUCUGUUUCCCUACAGCUCCUGCCUGUGCCUCUCGCUGGUGUCCAUUGAGACCCCAGAAGUGACAGGGCCAUGAUGGUGCAGGCUUGUGACAGGGUCUCCAUGGAUACCAGCCUAAAUGCUUAAGACCCAUCGCAGUUGGAAUCUUGUGCACUGGGGAAACUGGCCAUUGUGGAAUCCAAGGUCCAGUAGCUUUCCAAACUUGGUAAUAGUUUUUCAGAUUUCCUAGUUCUUGGUUGUCUGCACUUCUUCACUUUUCAUGUAACCUUUCCUUUUAUCACCCCAAAGACAGGAGGAAUACUUGCUUAGUCUGAAAUGAGUAGUGAUUAAGAGGUGAGGCUAUUUCAUCUAGUUAACUUGAUUGAAUAGCUAAACCAGGUGAAUGUGAAAUCUGCAGAGGAAAAUGUUCACUAAUUGUCAUCGAUUAACUUGCAUCAUCUGGUCAAUCUCCCCAAGACUAGCCAGCGUAAGCAAACGUUACUAUACUAGUAGUAGUUUUUUGUAUUUGAAAUACAAUGGAUGGUUCGAUAUUGAGACUUAUUUAGCAUCUGGGUAGAAGCGAGGAUUAUUGGUCAUUCUCAUUUUAUUUAAAGCAAAUUUAAGUUUAGGUAAAUGGCCCCCAGGAGUUGGCCAUUGUCCAAGAUUGUCAAUAAACAAAGUUGGGGAACUUCACUUUUUGUCUUACUGCACUAGCAGAAUGAUUUGCUAGGUGGCAGGCUUUUCUUUGUAAUUUUCAACUUUUUUUAGAUGCUGUAUUGGUAAGGAAAUACCAGUAAUAGUGAUUUUUCCAAUAGGAUAUUAGAAUCUUAACAGAGAUGAACCUGAAUAACUUGGUGGCAUUCACGAUUUGGGAAGGUACAUUAGAAGCCUUGGAGAAGCAAUAUUGUUGCCCCAAGCAGCUUGCAAUCUAAGGACAGAGAAUUGGAGGGGAUGGAGGAAAGUGGAAAAAAUACUACCUUUUGUUUUUCUCUGUAAACUGUAAAACAAAUCUGCACAGCAGCGGCUGCUCUCUGAGGGGGAUACAAUUUGGACACGAUGAAAGCCUUGCAGAUGAGGUCAGAGAGGCCAUGCUCUGUGUUGGAGGUCAUCUGUUGAAGGCAGAGGAGUGAUGAAGGGGUGAGGGGAAGGGAGUUGGCAGGUGAAGAUAGGAACUUGAAUGUGCCUUUUUCACACAUACUGUCUAUUCCAGUUCUCUGGGCAAUUAUCAGAGUGGGUUUGAUUUAAAUAAAAUCAUUUAAAAUCA